UCUAUAUAUCGACUCGUCACACAGCUAGGGUUUUCUCUCCCCGCAGCGGGCCACCACCACCACCUCUCUCCCGCCCCCAAGCCGCCCGGCGCCGCCGCCGUCUCCCUCCCUCCUCCGCUGCCGUCUCCGGCCCUCGUCCCUCGCCAUGAUCAUCUCCAAGAAGAACCGCCGCGAGAUCUGCAAGUACCUCUUCCACGAGGGGGUCUUGUAUGCCAAGAAGGACUACAACCUGGCCAAGCACCCCAAGCUUGACGUCCCCAACUUGGAGGUCAUUAAGCUAAUGCAGAGCUUCAAGUCAAAGGAGUAUGUAAGGGAGACCUUCUCCUGGCAGUAUUACUACUGGUACCUGACCAAUGAUGGCAUUGAGCACCUCCGCACCUUCCUCAACCUGCCAUCGGAGGUUGUGCCUAAUACCCUUAAGAAGUCCUCCAAGCCCCCGUCUCGUCCCUUCGGCUCUGGCCCACCGGGUGACCGCCCCAGGGGUCCCCCACGUUUUGAGGGUGACAGGCCGAGGUUUGGAGACAGGGAAGGUUACAGAGGAGGUCCGCGUGGUGCUCCAGGUGAUUUUGGUGGUGAUAAGGGUGGUGCUCCUGCGGAGUUCCAGCCAUCUUUUAGGGGUAGCAGACCUGGCUUUGGCCGUGGUGGCGGUGGCGGCACCGGCACAUUUGGUGCUGGGGCAUCUUCCAUGGAGUGAUACUUCAGUUAGCCAGCGCAUUGAUUUGAUGAAUGGCUUUACAGAUGCAGCGCGCAAGGGGAGGCUUCUCUGUUGGUCUUUGAAUUAUGAGGACAAUGAGAUUUUGUUUUCCAAGUUGUAGAAGUGGUUCUGUGUUUUUCGUUUUUGUUAGAUGAUGAAAUUCUUGAGGCUGUUUGUAUGCCAAGAAUGUUAUGAGCAAGUUAUCAUCAUUCUGUCUCUGUCGUCUCCUGUUUUGGUUGGAUAUAUGUACGAUCGCGCUCCCUUGCUCUGGUU